AAUCUGAACCCUUUCACAACAGCGGGAGAUUUAAUCUUGUUAUUACCCUUCACUGUUCAUCCAAUAAGUUGACAAGCUCCUGGAAUUGCAGUGGCGUGGGAUUGAUAUCCUUGGAUCAGUCCAGAAAGGGAGAGAAACAGGAUGGCUAAUCAAAUGUCUUAAUCGACAAGCGUGCAGCUUACACGCUUCUCUGCUUGCGUGGCUUCUGCCUUACGCCUCGGCCAUACUUUCGAUAUUGUUAUAUCUCCGUUCCUCUUCCUCUUCUUCUUGGACAAUAUAUCUCUAUUGGUUAAAGGCAACUCGUCGUUAUGAAGGAAAUCGAUCCCUUGGUAUCUGCCUAUGAGCAUCUCCGAGGCAAGACACGCGAUGCAGAAGCUCUACGGAUCCUUCAGAGGGUUGCCUCCUUGGUCAAGCCCAUCAUGCGCCAGCGCAUGUGGAGGGUUGGCGUAUUGACCGAGUUCUAUCCGCCUGAACAUAAUCUACUAGGACUCAACUGGAAUCGUGGACAGAAAAUAUGCCUCCGGUUACGAUAUCCUCAAGACGAACGACAAUUUCUUCCUAUCGAACAGGUCAUAGAUACGAUGCUACACGAGCUCUGCCAUAUCGUGCAUGGCCCGCACAACGAACAUUUUCACGCGCUAUGGAACCAGCUUCGCGAUGAACAUGAAGAGCUCAUCCGCAAGGGCUAUACAGGCGAAGGCUUCCUCACCGAAGGCAAGCGUCUCGGCGGAAAUCAGAUCCCGCUCCAUGAAGCACGUCGUCUCGCGCGCGUCGCUGCGGAACGAAGACGGACUCUCACAAAGGGGUCGGGCCAGAAGCUGGGUGGCGCUCCUGUCUCCGCUGGCAGCGACAUGCGUCGUGUCAUUGCGGAUGCAACGUCACGAAGAAUCAACGUAACGCAGGGCUGUGCCUCGAAUACCAAGGAAAGCCAAGGAAUUAUGGAGCAAGCCACACGCAAUGGAUUCCGAACUCAAGCCGAGGAAGACGACGCCAACGAACGGGCCAUUAUUCAAGCAUACAUUGAACUUUUGCAAGAAGAGGAAAAAGAGAAAUGGGGCGAUGCUUAUAUUCCGCCCUCGGCGGACAAUCCUGCUGGCAGCGCUGACAAAAACGGAUAUGACCAAGGCUUCUCAACGCAGUCAGGGGGGCCAUCAUCUUCCGCAAAACCUCCCUCUGUUCCUAUGCAAACUCGGCCAUCAUCAGCAAGAAUCCAAAGCAGACCUAUUUCACGCCUUGUCGACAAAACUCCAGGCGGCGCUACGGCAAAUACUUCUCCCAUUCCCUCCACUGGUCCAGGCGAGGAACCUCCGCUGGUCGACCUAACAGACUCUCCGCCACGACAAACGACAACCCGCUCUAGACCUUCUCAUCCGCUAGCGACCUUCGCGGACCAAGGGAAAUGGACAUGCACUAUAUGUACAUGCGAUAACCCCAGAGACUUUCUUAUCUGCGAUGCAUGUGGGAUAGAGCGAUAUCAAGACCCUUUUUCUCCGCCUACUUUUAGUAGCCUACCUCAAACCGCUAAUUCAUCAAAACCUGCUAACCCUUCAACCUCUUCCAACACCGUUUCUGCGCCGCCACCGCAACAACUUCUCCCUUCACGUCCUCCACCAGGCAAAGCCAAAACGAAAACGAAAAUCAAAUCAAAAGAUCAAAAAGCAAAAGGCAAGACAGUAGAUGCUGCCACAUCCGGAUCCAGAUCAAAUCUGUACACUCCCUAUCCAGUAUAUCCCGCAAACAAACCUCUCGGAUGGAACUGUCAUAGCUGCGGCACAUUUAUGGAGACAGGUUGGUGGACAUGCUCGCUUUGCGGGACUAUGAAGCUUUCUUCAUAACCCUUCUGCGACCUUUUUAUGCGAUUUCGCAAGUCGUUGGUCUACAGCCGGAUCUAUCAGGCAUCGACUUCUGUCUGCUCUUUUUCUUCGCCGUUUUCUUCUCCUCUCCACAUCCAUUUCGCAAUUUCUUUCGUCAUUCACGGCGUAACUUCAUCAUCUACGGACUCAUAUGUGUUAUUUCAGCGCGGCGUAAUUCAUCCCUUGGUACUAGCAUGGUAUCUCCUGGCGUAAGGUUGCGCAAAAUAGUUUCUACACUGUGUUUAGGUGUGUACUCCAAGUUCGAGAGGCCUCCUUAUUUUUUUCACAUUUACAGGUAGCGUGGCACUGUAUGUCUGGCAUAGCAUAUGGAAUAGGAUAGCAUAGCCCAUUUGGUCUUAGAUUUCAAUAGUAUCACAACGUCAAUUUCGUUGGUCAAUGUUUUUCGUAUUGAGUUUGGAAG